CUUACGUGAACCCCUGCAGUAGAAAACCAAAAAGCAUAUUUUGGCGGUUUGAACAAAACCAUUAUUACUGCAUCAAUUAUUUUCUCUCUUUCUCUUUACUCUCUUCAAACAACCACCAUUACCAAACCCUAAGUUAGGUGUUAAAUGUUAUCACUCGCACCGUCGUGUCGUGGGUGCAUCUUUCAUACAAAUGGACGCCAAUGAAGCCAGAAUUCUCCUCGGUUUCCCACCCAAUUCAACUCCAACUCCUUCCGAGGUUAAAUCAGCUUAUAAACAGAAGGUGUGGGAAUCUCACCCUGACCUAUUUCCAUCUCAUGAGAAGCCUCUUGCUGAAUCCAAGUUUAAAUUGAUUUCGGAAGCUUACACAUGUCUAUUGCCUGGUGGUAGAGGAGAAACUUCAACUUCAGCUGAAUAUUGGCGAGUUGUGAGAACCGGAGUUCCAAGGGCCAGCGGAGGAAGAAAAAACCAUGCUAUGAUUAAAGUUCCAUUCCUUUUUAUUAUUCUAGGAACAGUUGCACUUGGAGGGUUUCAUGCUUCAAGGGCAUACAAAAGGCAAAAGGAGGAAUACCCUUCACACAACCCAUUUCUUCCUUGAUGACCUCCUGGAGGAAUACCCUUCACACAACCCAUUUCUUCCUUGAUGACCUCCUGGGCAAGAAUCAAUAGCGAUUGGCGGUUAAUGUACUUUUACAAUGUAUUUAAAUGUAAGUGAAAAUGAGUAAUUUGAAUUAAUAAGAUCAGUGAUUGCAAAGUGA